CACAGUGGAUGCUGCUGCUGCUGCUCUGGUAACCCCUCACCUACAUCAUCCACUUGUGCACAGUGCGCCGUGCCGCGGGCUGAUAUCUCUGCGCUCUGCCCAGCUGUCACCUCCGGCAUUGGUCCACCAAGCAGACACACGUAGGCACGUAUCCGACCAACCCCCUUUUUCCUCCGGCAGACUGUAGAGCCGGCGAGCGGGCGGCGGGACAAGCCGAGGCAGUGCGAGGCAAGGCAGGCAGCGACGAUCCGCUGCUGCAGCAGCUCGGACCGGGACGGUCAGGACCGUGGUCGAAAAAGUGUCUUGUCUGAAGCCAAGUGUGACAUUGUGCUGAGUCCCCCCUCACUGUGUGCAGCAGCACCAUGGCAGCUAUGGGACCAGAGAGCGGUGGUGGGACGGGGCCGUGCAGGACGGCAUCCUACCGGGUGGGACAGCAGGACGGUCCGGUGACGGCGCACAGCGGCAGGGAGCUCAACCAGCAGACUCCGCUGCACACCCCGGCCAGCGUCCAGGCUGAGAAGGCGUUCGGCCAUCAUCACAGGACCAAGACGUCAGGCUGGGGUAACUUUGCCGCUCCGCUGCAGAACAUGGGCACCGCCACGCACCUCAGCAGCAUGCCGCCCAGAGGAGACACUCCGUACAGCUUCCGGAGCCCGGAGUCUGUGGAGAUGGACGAGAUAAUGGCCGCCAUGGUUCUGACCAGCUUGUCCUGUAGCCCAGUGGUGCAGAGCCCUCCACAGACGGAUCCGGGUCCAGCUGGCUCGUCCUCGUCCGUUGACAUGGAGAGCGGCGGCGGCGAGCUCUCCGACAGUGGCAGCAGCGGCUACUGGAGCUGGGACCAUGGCAACGGGAGCCCCGCCCCAUCGCCGUCUGUCACCGAGGUGGACAGCAGCCCCGAUGAAGGCCUGCACAUGGAGCUGGAGCAGGGCGAGGAGCUCACUGCCAAAAAGCCAAAGAGCUCCCUGCGAAGUGUGUAUAAGUGUCUGUGGCCCAGUUGUGGCAAAGUGCUGACGUCUUCUGUUGGAAUAAAGAGACACAUCCGUGUGAUGCACCUGGGCAGUGGAUCAGAUCAGUCCCAGAGAGAGGAGGACUUCUACUACACCAAGAUCUGCUGUGAGACCAUCGAGGCCGGUUCCGGUUCCGGUUCCGGUCCCAGUCCCGCUGCCGGUCCGGCCCAGCAGACUCUGGGCCAGACCUCUGCUGCUCUCCUCAGCUGGGCUUCGUGCGGGUCUCCGUCGGGAUCCGAGCUCCAGAUCCCCGCGGCUCACAGGCCCAGGUCCAACUCCAGCUCGUUGCCAGGGGCGACCAGACCCAGUCCGCUCAGCCAGUCUGCCCCCAGCAGCUUCUGGCAGAUCCACACGGAGCAUCUGUAUCAGGCCUGCAGCCCUGUUCAGGUAUCUAUGGCCCCCAGAAGCCCGUGCAGUCAGGGCUGGGCCCCUUCUGGCUCGGUACCCGGCCACAGCAACGCUCCGAUGGUGAAACCUCGCUGCCGCUCAGUCAGCGUCGGGGAACAGUGGCUGCAGCAGAACAGGCUGCAGCCACUGAGUGUGUCUCCCUCCCGCAACCACUGCUCCUUCAGCGAUUGGUUCGUGUCUCGCUCCAGGAAGGGCCGUGGGGAGGCCAAGAAGUGCCGCAAGGUGUACGGUGUGGAGCGCAAGGACCAGUGGUGCACCGCCUGCCGCUGGAAAAAGGCCUGCCAGCGCUUCCCCGACUAGAGCGGACGGACGGAUGGACGGACGUGUGCGAACAGAGACUUUUAUUGAAAAGAGAAUACAAGAAUAUAAAUCAAGAAAAACUAAAUUCUUUGUGUUUUCUUCUCUUAUUUUUUUUCUUGUUUCGUUUCUUUCCUAAAAGGAAUGAAGAUGGACUCUUUGUGUAUCUUUGUAUCUCGAUCCUGAAAACUGAAGUUUGCGAUGGUGCUGUUGACUGACUUUGACCAUGUGAUGUGCUAAGUCCUCUCUUCCUUUUUUUUUUUUUUUGUUGUUUUUUUAAUCCAAAGCUCAUAUUGCCGCCCCCCGUAGCUCCACUGUAUCCCCAAACCGCUACCUGGCUGUCUCUUUUCUUCCAGUCUUUCUCUUCCAGUUGUUACACAGUGGUUAUGAUGUACAUGAUAUUGUGUGCUCUGAUGUUCUGUACGAACAUUUUAUACCUUUUUUUUUUUAUAUAUAUAUAUAUAUAUAUAUUAUCGUCUCAUCUAGCCUGUGUAAUGGGCUGACUGAUGUUUUUCUUUUUUUUUAAUGUUUUUUGGCACUUUGUUGGAAUAUUAACUCACAAGAAUAAGCUACAUUUGGUUCGACUCAACCAAGUUCCUUCCAUGAGGCUGAAUUCCUUCCUGCCCAGGCGUCGGCACACGGACCCAGUGUUAAUGGUUUUAUCAGUUGAAGGUAUGUUUGGAAUCGUCACGGCAGCGGGAAUUUGAGGAAUGAGUUUGUACUAGAGGAAAUAUAUUGUCAAACACAAUAAAAAAGCACUGAGAAUUCCAA